CAAUCACCUAUCGCAUUGCGCACAGUUGCUCAGGGAUUUCUCAUUAUUCCUUUAUAAACCUAGGAGGGCAACUACUUUUUAACAAUACAAAACUCCACCUGACAUAGGCAGCACCAGGACACCAUGGGACAUGCAUGGCGUGUUGUUAUGGAGAAUGUUCGGCAGAAGGUCGGUGCGGACCGAACAUUCAAGGCAACUUCAAACGCACGUAACGAGGCCAUGUUUAAGGAGGCCACUGAGUUCUGCACUCACUUGCGGGUCCUGGAGCGUGAUCUCCGGAGUCUGCACAAGGAGAUUGACGCCAAAUUCACAAAUCUCCGCAACAUUCUUUCAUCACCCCUGCCUCGUGCGUUUGAGGAGGGCCGCGACGGAGCAGUGCCAUGCACAGAGGAGCCGAAACUUAUUGGCCAGGGCGUCGGCGUGGAGAUUCUGCAGCAAGCAGCCAAUGACCUCAAGGCCCGGCUAGAUGAAGAUGUUAUCAAGCCACUUCGGUCGUGGCUCAUAGCCUACCGGGCUGUUUGCGAUCGUAUGGAGAAACUCGAGGCAGUGCGGCUUGAGCUGGAUUCACGACGCCGGACGGUCGACAGCUUGACUGAGAAAGUGGACCGCUUGGAGAAGACAGUACCUACGCCGCAGCAAAAGGACAAGCAUGAGCAGGAGCUCGAGAAGAUGACGCAGCUCUUGCACCACAAGCGGGACAAGCUGACCCGUACCAUGCACGCCUACCGCGAGCUGGAGCAGACCGUGUUCAACUCUCUGAACACGCUGAUCAAGGACACAGGUGUCCUCCGAGACUACACGGGUCUUUCUCUGCAAAUCCUGCAGGAGUGCUAUCAGAAAGCCUACUCGGCGUUCAGCACAGCGACUCCGCUGCUGGACUACAACUCCACCUCAGACAGCUUGUUCACCCACAUGCCGAUGAUGGAUAACGUCCCCGUGCGCAUGGUGGCACCAUCGGAGCGCUCGCGGCAGCAAUCGGACAGGCUCGGAGCACGAAAGGAUGGAAUGGGCUUAUACGCACCAGCCUCCGAUGACGGAGGUGACGCGGGACAGUACGGCAACGACCAGCAAAUCCAGCCUCAGAUGGCAGGAUACGGGGACAUGCAGCAGCCGGUCGCACAGUACUGACAAAACGGGGUUCAGGUUUGGGCGAGCUGUGUCGAACUAGGGGGGUGGGGUUGGCGACCAUGCAUGUUAGUCCAGUCUAUCGUGCUUCGGUCUUCGCGUUCCUGGGUAGGAUGGUAGGUAUGAGCGUUUCGCUUUACUAGUAGGCUGAACCUGGCCUUGCUGCUUGUAGCAGGGAAAGGGUUGCACUUCGUCAGUGCCAGGAUGAUCACCUUUUUUAUUUGUGGUACCGUGGUGGCGGCCAUUGUCGUCACAUCAAAAGAUGUGAGCGCUGGUCGGUAUUGAAGCCGUCUCAUAGGAGGCCUGGUAGAACUAGGUAUCUAUGCCAGGCUCCUAAGGGUUGUUAUUUGCUAAGCGCGACAUGGGAGCAUUUUCUCCUCUGGUGCCCGUGACUAUGCGUUGCAAGGGAGACGCGUAGGCAUGGCAGGGGGUUGCAGGUGGUGACAUGACGCAGGCGUGUCGGCAACAAUAACGUUUGGUAAUAAGACAGCGCGAUGGAGGUGGCUUUCCUCGCCUGUCGUUC